AUGUCAGCGGCCGCAAUGGCCGACAACGGCGAUCCGGCCAUGGGCGUUCUUGGCAUGGCAGGCUGGUCGUCAUCUUGGAUCUGCGGGGGAGAGGACGGCGGGCGGCUCACCGUCGCGUCCCCGUGCGUGCAGAGGACACUCAUAGACUGUGUCAAUGUGGUCCUUCUCGUCGCGUACGUCUCCACGUUGGUGGCCGCCUGCGUCAGGCGGCGGCAGUGCGCUGCAGCUGCAAGCCGGAGGAGCAGCGCUCCUGGGUGGGUGCUGCUCGUCGUCUCCACGUGCUGCGUGGCGGCUGCCGUGGCGUACGGUGUCACGGCUCUCCAGGACGCCUACGACAUCAAGGCGGCGGUUCCUUACUUCGUCAGGGGCCUGGUCUGGAUCGCGCUGGCGGCGUCGCUGCACGCCCAGCCGACGAGGCCAGCGAGGGCCGUGGCCGUGCUCUGGUGGGCGCUCUUCUCGCUGCUGGUCACCGCGUACAAUGCAGAGAUCCUUGCCGGGGGCCACAGCCUCGGCCUCGCGGAGACGAUCGCGUGGCCGGUGAGCCUCCUCCUGCUGCUCUGCGCCGUCGGCUCCCUGCUGCCGUGGGGCCACCGGGACGCAUCCAACGACGGCUGCAGCGGCUUGUCAGAGCCUCUGAUCGGCAAAGACAGGACCGUGCCAACCUCGGAGCUGUACCGCGCUGGCCUGUUCGGCCAGCUUGCCUUCUCGUGGCUGAACCCUCUGCUCCGUGUCGGCCGCUCCAAGGCGCUGGACCUCGACGACAUCCCGCUCAUCGCCGAUGAGGACACCGCGCACCACACAUCGCAGAAGUUUGCCGAGGCCUGGAGCCGCCACGUGAGUGACAAGGCCAGGAGCCGCCGGAGAGUGGGCAGCAACAGCCUCGCCCUCGUCCUGUGCAAGUGCUUCCUCGGCGAGAUCCUGCUCACCGGCUUCUACGCCUUCCUGAGAACGCUGUCCGUAGCAGUUGCCCCCUUGCUGCUCUUCGCGUUCGUGUGGUACAGCAACCAGGAGGAGCGAGACCUCCGGGAGGACCGGGAUGCGCAUCCGGUCAGCGCUGAUGGCGGUCAUCUUCCGGAAGCAGCUCAGGCUGUCCAGUCAGGGGAGGAACAACCACCCACUGGCGAGAUCGUCAACUACAUUGCGGUCGAUGCGUACCGGCUUGGCGACGCCAUCAGCUGGCUGCACAUGGGGUGGAGCUCGCCACUUCAGCUGGUCUUCGCAGUCGCCACGCUCUUCUGGGCACUCAAGCUUGGGGCUCUUCCUGGUCUGGUCCCCCUUGUCAUCUUUGGCUUCCUCAACGUGCCAUUCGCGAAAAUGUUGCAAGGGUACCAGGCCAAGUUCAUGGUUGCCCAGGACGAGAGGCUCCGGUCGACGUCCGAGAUACUUAACAGCAUGAAGAUCAUCAAGCUGCAGUCAUGGGAAGACAAGUUCCGCCACAUGAUCGAGUCGUUCAGGGACAGGGAGUUCAAAUGGCUGAGGGAGACCCAGAUGAAGAAGGCCUACGGUGCAGUCAUGUACUGGAUGUCCCCGACGGUCGUCUCUGCUGUGAUGUACACAGCUACGGCCAUCAUGGGGAGUGCUCCCCUGAAUGCUAGCACACUCUUCACGGUCUUGGCCACCCUGAGGGUAAUGGCUGAGCCAGUGAGGUUCCUUCCUGAGAUCCUCACAAUGAUGAUCCAGUACAAGGUGUCAUUAGAUCGAAUUGAGAAGUUUCUUCUCGAAGACGAGAUCAGAGAGGAGGAUGUGAAAAGAGUACCUUCAGAUAACUCUGGUGUCAGAAUUCAAGUCCAAGAUGGAAAUUUCAGCUGGAAGGCAAGCGGAGCUGAUUUGUCACUGAGGAAUGUUAACCUUCGCAUAAAUAGAGGAGAGAAGGUGGCCGUAUGCGGCCCAGUUGGCUCAGGGAAAUCUUCACUCCUGUAUGCAUUACUUGGGGAGAUACCAAGAAUAUCAGGAUCGGUUGCAGUAUUUGGUUCAGUGGCAUAUGUUUCACAGACCUCGUGGAUACAGAGUGGGACUGUUCGUGACAAUAUACUCUUCGGGAAGCCUUUCAACAAGGAACUGUAUGAUAAGGCAAUCAAAUCUUGUGCUCUGGACAAGGAUAUCGAAAAUUUUGAUCAUGGAGACCUCACAGAGAUUGGUCAGAGAGGACUGAACAUGAGUGGAGGUCAGAAGCAAAGGAUUCAGCUGGCUAGAGCCGUCUACAAUGAUGCAGAUGUUUAUCUACUGGAUGACCCAUUCAGUGCAGUUGAUGCACACACUGCUGCGGUUCUUUUUUAUGAAUGUGUAAUGACAGCACUUGCAGAGAAGACCGUUGUUCUUGUGACCCACCAGGUUGAAUUUCUGACCGAAACCGAUAGAAUUCUGGUAAUGGAAGGUGGUCAAGUUAGUCAACAAGGGAAAUAUUCAGAACUUCUGGGAUCUGGGACAGCAUUUGAGAAGCUGGUUUCUGCUCACCAGUCUUCGAUCACAGCAUUGGAUACUAGUGCUAGCCAACAGAACCAAGAUCAAGGGCAACAAGCGUCUGAUGAAUACAUAGUGCCAAGUGCACUGCAGGUUAUAAGGCAGGCCAGCGACAUCGAAGUCACCGCAAAGGGACCUUCAGCAGCAAUACAGCUUACAGAAGAGGAAGAGAAGGGCACUGGUGACCUGGGAUGGAAGCCAUACAAAGACUACAUAAAUGUACCCAAGGCGGCUUUCCAAUUCUCUGGCAUGUGUACUUCUCAGGUGCUCUUCACGUGCUUCCAGAUCGCAUCCACAUAUUGGUUGGCGGUGGCUGUUCAGAUGGAUAGCGUCAGUGCUGCACUUCUUGUUGGGGCAUAUUCUGGACUCUCUAUCUUCAGCUGCUGCUUCGCCUACUUUAGAAGCCUUUUUGCGGCUAAUCUGGGUCUAAAGGCCUCCAAAGCAUUCUUUGGCGGGCUAAUGGAUUCCGUAUUCAAGGCUCCCAUGUCAUUUUUUGACUCAACACCAGUGGGAAGAAUUUUAACAAGGGCAUCUUCAGAUUUAAGCAUUCUAGACUUCGACAUACCUUACUCCAUGGCUUUUGUGGCGACGGGCGGUAUUGAGGUUGUUACCACAGUACUGGUCAUGGGUACUGUAACUUGGCAAGUCUUGGUUGUAGCUAUCCCAGUUACGAUCACCAUGAUAUAUGUUCAGAGGUACUACGUUUCCUCAGCUAGGGAGCUAGUAAGAAUCAAUGGAACAACAAAGGCACCUGUAAUGAACUAUGCGUCAGAAUCAAUUCUUGGUGUGGUGACGAUCAGGGCAUUUGCAGCAACUGAGAGGUUUAUCCACAGCAACAUGCAGCUUAUCGACACUGAUGCGACACUGUUCUUCCAUACCGUUGCAGCACAAGAGUGGGUGCUCAUAAGAGUAGAGGCACUGCAGUCCUUGACAAUAAUCACAGCAGCAUUGUUCCUUGUUCUGGUUCCUCCAGGAGCAAUUUCUCCAGGCUUUGCAGGACUUUGUCUCUCCUAUGCUUUGACGUUGACUUCAGCACAAGUUUUCUUGACAAGGUUCUAUUCCUACUUGGAAAACUACAUCAUCUCUGUUGAACGAAUCAAGCAGUAUAUGCACCUCCCAGUGGAGCCACCGGCCAUUAUACCAGAAAAUAGACCUCCAACUUCAUGGCCACAGGAGGGAAGGAUAGACCUGCAAGAUUUGAAGAUAAGAUACCGUCCAAACGCACCGCUUGUCCUCAAAGGAAUCACUUGCACUUUUUCUGCUGGGAACAAGAUUGGGGUUGUAGGGAGGACCGGAAGUGGGAAAUCAACACUUAUCAGCUCAUUGUUCCGUCUCGUUGAUCCGGCGGGUGGGAAGAUACUUAUUGACAAGUUGGAUAUUUGCUCCAUUGGCCUUAAGGAUCUAAGAAAUAAACUAAGUAUUAUUCCUCAAGAACCUACACUUUUCAGGGGAACCGUGCGCACCAAUUUGGAUCCCCUUGGCCUGCAUUCUGAUCAAGAGAUAUGGGAGGCCUUGGAGAAGUGUCAACUGAAGACAGCAAUCAGCAGCACCUCUGCUCUUCUUGAUACAGUUGUGAGUGAUGAUGGCGAUAAUUGGAGUGCUGGACAGCGUCAGCUCUUCUGUCUUGGCAGAGUUCUCCUCCGCAGGAACAAAAUUCUAGUUCUAGAUGAGGCGACGGCAUCCAUCGACUCUGCAACAGAUGCAAUCCUGCAGAAAGUAAUCAGGCAGCAGUUCUCAAGUUGCACGGUUAUAACCAUAGCUCACAGGGUACCAACUGUGACAGACAGUGACAGGGUCAUGGUCUUGUCCUACGGGAAGCUUCUAGAAUAUGAAACGCCAGCCAAGCUGUUGGAAGACAAACAAUCAGCAUUUGCUAAACUUGUGGCUGAGUAUUGGGCUAAUACCAAGCGAAAUUCAACAUGA